AUGAAGGCCAAGGCGGGCUCCCACGCCGGCGACUCUAGGCUCGCGGUGAAGAAGAGCAAGGCCGAGAAGGACCCCAACAAGCCCAAGCGUCCCCCGAGUGCCUUCUUCGUCUUCAUGGACACCUUCAGGAAGGAGUACAAGGAGAAGCACCUCCGUUCCGCUCCGUCUUCCCUCCGCGCCUCUGUUGGCAAGGCCGGUGGUGAGAAGUGGAAGUCCCUGAGUGAUGUUGAGAAGAAGGAGCACGCCCAGGAGAAGAAGGAGCAAGCCCAGGAGAAAAACAACUAG